GGUCUUGAGAGCGAGUUGGGGGAAAAGACCUUCUGCUGGCUGUAGGGCUUUUUCUCGGCUUGGGUUUGCUUUUGGACUUGGGGAUCUUUUUUUUUUUUUCCUCACGGGCAGCCGGGAUCCUUUCAUCUUCUCGACGAAGAAGUUGAAAGGAAGCAACAAGUUGGGACUCGAGUGCACCAGAGGGAAGCAGAGUAGCUUGUUGGGUUUGGAGAGAAGCGCUUGCUGGCCCGCGACGGUCAAUCAACAACGUUCCUGACAAAACGACAGUCUCAAUCAAAGGUUCUGUUCCUUUGCGGCUCUGUCUGCACUGUUCUUCACAUUGUUAGAGGGUGGCAGCCAGUAUGCCGGUUUCCUCUCCCUGUCUCGACUCUGCUGUCAGCGUGCUUGAUCAAUCACAUUCUGCCCCACCCUGUCCGCCCGGAGGAUCGCUACCAAACGACACAGACCGCUACACAGACAGCGCCUACGAUAGCGGUGAAGACCGUCAUUCGGAAGCUCAAGUGAGUCCCGCUCCUUAUUUUACACCUCCUCCCGAGACCAAACUUGGGAUCGCCACCAAGAAGCGGAAGCGAAUGGCUGACGACGACACCGAAAUUGCGAUUCCCCCACAUAACCCCAGGCGUAAACCGCCAAAGCGUCAAAUUGUCUUUGUCGAUCCUGACGAUGCCAUGUCCCCAUGGUGGUGGCCAGCCAUGGUUGUGCCAAAACAAGAGUUCCAGAUAUUUAAGAAGAGCGUGAACGGCGAAGUCAAGGAUCCAAAGGAAGGAGAAUGUGUGGUGGUUUACUUUGAGGAUGCGUCUUAUAACACCAUCCGAGAAUCCGAGCUCAAACCAUUUUGCCCCUCACAACCACCGUAUACCACGUACAUGAAUGGACCAAAUGGAAAGGCAUUUCGCUCCGACAAGGCAGUCAUUUUGGCCACAUUAUAUUGGGAGCGGGGCAAAAUCCCUCCCGCAUUCUCUUGGCUACAAGAAUGUCAACUAGACGAUAGGGCGCGGAGCGCUAAGGGGCAAGAGGAUGGUUCAGUCAAGGAAGAGGAUGCAGGACAAAGAAAAAAGUCAACAAAUUCUUCGACUGCUAACAGUCGAAGGGGCAGCCAAGCAACUUUACCGCGGAAGGACUCGCUCACGGCGAAGGAUGCCACGGUGAAAAAAUUGGAUAAGGCAGUCAAAAAGUCUUCCAUAAUUGCAGUUCCCGCUGCGGGCGGCACUAAACCAAAAGCUCCGUCAACAAAUAAGUUAUCCAUGCCCAUUGUUAAUCUAACAACAUCAGGAUCAGCCUGUACCAGUACGAAGCCGAAGGUCCUCAAUAAGGGCAUAAGUCCUGAAAUGCCGACUCGUGUGGUCCAGCAAGUGCUGCCUAACGGGGAUAGCUUGGACUUGGAAGAUCAGUUGAAAGAGAAGCAUACGAUUGUCAAAUUGUCAACUACGAGUAGAAAUUCGAGCGUCCGACGGCCACGUGAGAACCAUUUCGGAACUGAUGGCUUUUACCCUGCGGGCGGAACAUCAGGGGCGGUAUGCGCUAAGUGUGGAUUCAAGGACGCAAAACAGCGGCGGGUGUCCUCGGCGCAAAUACCUGUAGCGAAUAUUGGUCAUGGAGAAGGAAUCACAUCGAUGCCGCUUUGCAAAGAAUGCCGCGAAUUGCUUGACGAUGUGCUGCCCAGUCUUGAGCCGACAGCUGAUGAUGAGGAUCCUGUAUGGACACCCGAACGACGACCAAUACGACUUCUGAAGCAUCUUUUACCGGAAAACCGGACGGAUCGAUUGGUGCGACAUUUUAAAGCCAUGCAGGAACUUGCUCAUCGAGAACAGCUAAAUCGCGGAGCACCCUCCUCUGUUGUUCACUCUGUCGCCAUCAUCCCGUCCGUCUCUCCAGCGCAAUUGCUUUCCUUUGCUCCUCAAUAUACCGCACGCAACGCACUAUCGAGUUCCGUUUCAAAACAAGGGGCACUGUCAAGCGCGCCGAGCAUCCACGCAGCCGAAACACCUGUUGUGUUAUCUCCAUAUGCGUCUCCACCGCCGUCCGCGACCGCUGCCCUACCCCCGUUACAAGUCGAACGUGGUGAAGGGAGAAGCUAGGAUUGUUUUUUCUUCAAUUUGAAUUUUUGUUUUGUUCAAUUUUUUCCGAUGUAUACAAUAUUCCCUUUUCUUGUUUAUCUUUUUCGUUGUAAUGAACGCUGCUGGUUGUAGUUUGGCGAUCCUGUAUGUUGUGUAGUUUUCUUUCGUCGAUGCAGUUUGUACAAACAAUGAAACGCAGGCUCGCCACGCAAUAUGACGUCUUUGCCC